UAUGCCAGCUGGGUUUCAGUGUGCUUGGAUGGUUUGUUUUGAUCGCAGACUCGGUCAGAAGUUGUCUCCCUGAAGGGCCCCACAAACCAAUCCUAUCCGAUGGCGGAGGAAGCAAUAUUUGAGUUUUUACACUCGGAAAUAGUGAACUACACGCUGUCGAAAGAAAACAGUAAGGAAAAUGAUCUCUCUACGCUCGAAUACAUCGGGUUCACCACGGGGUACAGGAUCAUCGAACGCUUGACGCGGGAGUGGCCCCGGUUUAAGGACGAGCUGGACACGAUGAAGUUUAUUUGUACCGACUUUUGGAGCUCAAUCUACCGGAAACAGAUCGACAACUUGCGCACCAAUCACCAGGGGGUGUACGUGCUGCAGGACAAUGCAUUCCGCUUUCUAACCCGUCUGUCGUCCGGCUCGCAGUAUCUUGAACAUGCUCCAAAGUUUGUGGCGUUCACCUGCGGAUUAGUGCGCGGCGGUUUGGCAAAUCUCGGCAUCACGAGCACGGUCACGGCGGAAGUGCAGACAAUGCCGUCGUGUAAGUUUCACAUACAAGUCAAUCGGACAUAGAGAUGGCAGGGGAAAGGCAUUCUUCAUCGAAAAUUCCAACACUGAAGAUAAAAUAAAAAAGAAUAACAAGCGAAUAAUGUCAUGA